AUGUCCAAGAAAGAAGUUUCUGAUACUGCAGUUGCCGCUGCUCCUGCUGAUGCCUCAAAGACCAAGAGGGCUUCUCAUCCAUCCUAUAAGGAUAUGAUCAAGGAAGCAAUCAUUCAGCUUAAAGAUCGCAAAGGUUCUAGUCGCCCUGCUCUUAAGAAAUUCAUUCAAACCAACUUCAAGAUUGAGGCUCCCAACUUUGAAUAUCUUUUCAAGACUGCUCUGAAUCGUGGUGUCACUCAGGGUGACUUUAUUAUGCCCAAGGGUCCCUCUGGUACUGUAAAGCUAAACAAGAAGGAACCUGCUGAGAAGAAGUCUGCUCCUAAGAAGGCUGCUACCAAGAAGGCCACUAUUGCUACCAAGAAGGCUUCUCCUAAAAAAACCGCCACUAAAAAGGAUGAUGCUGAUGCUGAGGCUCCCGUGACUGAAGUUGCUGCUGCUUCUACUGAAAAGGAAAAGCCUGCUCCUAAGAAGAAGGAAGCAAAGAAGAAGGACUCUGCUGCUGCUUCUGCUGAAAAGGAAAAACCUGCUCCUAAGAAGAGAGAAUCUAAGAAGUCUGCUGCUGCUGCUGCUGCUGCUGCUGCUUCUGCCACUGAGGCCACUGAGCCUAAGAAGGCUGAACCUAAAAAGAAGGACGCUGCUCCUAAGAAGGAAGCUAAAAAGGCUGCUCCUAAGAAGGAGACCAAAAAGGCUGCCCCCAAAAAGAAGGAAGCUACCGCUGACUCUGCUGCCGAAAAGACUUCUACCCCCAAGAAGACUGCUACCAAGAAGAAGGAGGCUGCUGCUGAAAAGGAAAAGGCUACUCCUAAGAAGGCCACUCCCAAGAAGAAGGAACCUACCCCCAAGAAACCCACUGCUGCUGAUUCUGGUGUUUCUAAGCCUGCUCCACGACGAGGACGCUCUGCUGCUACCGCUGCUGUUGCUGCUGCUGUUGCUUCCGAAUCUAAGGAAGAUGAGGCUGCUGCUACUGAAGACUCUGCUAAGGAAUCUACUGCCGCUGCAACUACUGAGGAAGCUACCACUGAAAAGUCGGCAGAUGACUCUGCAGACGUGGUUUCUGUUGAUGAGUCUACAGAAAAGGCUUCUGAGUCUGUGGACAAGGCUUAA